AUGCCACCACCUCGGACCUUCCGGUGCCAAGCCAUUGUCAACCCCACCGUCUUCUUUGACAUCGAUGCUGAUGGUGAGACUUAACGCAUCUCCUUUGAGCCGUUUGCAGACAAGGUUCCAAAGAUGGCAGAAAACUUUUGCACUCUGAGCACUUGGGAGAAUGGAUUUGGUUAUAAAGGCUACUGCUUUCACAGAGUUGUUCUGGGAUUUAUGUGCCAGUAUGGUGACUUCACACACCACAAUGGCACAGGCAGCAAAUCCAUCUACCAGGAGAAAUUUGAUGAUGAGAAUCCCAUCCCGAAGCACACAGGUCCUGGCAUCUUGUCCAUGGCAAAUGCUAGACCCAACACAAAUGGUUCCCAGCUUUUCAUCUGCACUGCCAACACCGAGUGGCUGGACGGCAAGCAUGCGGUCUUUGUCCAGGUGAAAGACGGCAUGGAUGUUGUUACAGUCGUGGAGCGCUAUGGGUCCAGGAAUGGCAAGACCAGCAAGAAGAUCACCAUCACUGACUGUGGACAACUCUAAUAAAUUUGACUUGUGUUGUCUUAACCACCAGACCAUUCCUUCUGUAGUUCAGGAAUCUGCCCCUUCACCCCCAUCUGCUUGGAAUGUUCUAUAAUCUUCUCACUCUCGACACAGUUCAUUAGAUUCCAUGUUUUCCUUACCCCUUCCAAGUCUAGCUGGUUUGCAGAGUUAAGUUUAUGAUUAUGAAAUAAAAACUAGGUACCA